AGGUAACGCAGGUUCUGCGGCCCGCCUGGAGGAAGCCAUAGCCUGCAAAACUGCGGCCGGAUCGAAAAUAAUGGAGAGGCCGUCCGCGAUUAUCAGUAAAACAGGCUCUCGAUCGGCGGCCUCUCUACCUCCGGAGCCGGUGGACAUCAUCCGGAGCAUGUCGUGUUACCGGCGUGUGCGUCUGAAUGUAGGCGGCCUGCCGCACGAGGUGCUUUGGCGCACGCUGGAGCGCCUGCCGCGUACGCGCCUGGGAAAGCUUCGCGCGUGCACGACACACGAGGCGCUCAUGGAUAUUUGUGACGACUAUAACCUGGACGAGAACGAGUACUUCUUUGACCGGCAUCCGGGUGCGUUCACGUCCAUCCUGAACUUCUACCGCACGGGAAAGUUGCACAUGAUGGAGGAGAUGUGCGCGCUAUCGUUCAGCCAGGAGCUGGACUACUGGGGCGUGGAUGAGAUCUACCUGGAGUCAUGCUGCCAGGCGCGCUACCACCAAAAAAAGGAGCAGAUGAAUGAAGAGCUGCGGCGCGAAGCUGACACACUGAAGGAGCGCGAAGGAGAGGAGUUGGAUAACGCGUGCUGCUCGGAGAAACGCAAGAAACUGUGGGACCUGCUGGAGAAGCCCGGCUCUUCUGUAGCAGCCAAGAUAUUGGCCAUCAUCUCCAUAUUGUUUAUUGUGCUGUCUACCAUCGCUUUGUCUCUCAACACGCUUCCAGAACUGCAAGACAUAGAUGAGUUUGGCCAGAGCACAGACAACCCUCAACUAGCCCAUGUUGAGGCAGUUUGCAUUGCCUGGUUUACCAUGGAGUAUCUCCUUCGCUUUCUUUCUGCACCCAAUAAAUGGAAGUUUUUCAAAGGUCCACUCAAUGUCAUUGACCUGUUGGCUAUCCUUCCAUACUAUAUUACCAUCUUCCUCACAGAGUCCAACAAAAGUGUACUGCAGUUCCAGAAUGUGCGGCGAGUGGUGCAGAUCUUUCGGAUUAUGCGAAUUUUGCGAAUCCUAAAAUUAGCUCGUCACUCUACUGGCCUACAGUCUCUCGGCUUCACAUUACGACGCAGUUACAAUGAACUUGGUCUGUUAAUCCUCUUUUUAGCAAUGGGCAUCAUGAUCUUCUCAAGUUUGGUCUUCUUUGCUGAAAAGGAUGAGGAUGACACAAAGUUCAAGAGCAUACCUGCCUCCUUUUGGUGGGCUACUAUUACCAUGACCACUGUGGGAUAUGGGGACAUUUACCCAAAGACAUUAUUAGGCAAAAUAGUUGGUGGUCUCUGCUGCAUUGCUGGAGUGCUGGUUAUUGCUCUCCCUAUCCCUAUCAUUGUAAACAACUUCUCUGAGUUCUAUAAGGAGCAGAAGAGACAAGAGAAAGCCAUCAAGAGACGUGAGGCUUUAGAACGAGCCAAGCGCAAUGGUAGCAUAGUGUCUAUGAAUGUUAGGGAUGCUUUUUCCCGUGGUGCAGAGCUUCUUGAUGUGGUCGUGAUGGAAAAGGGUGAGAAGCUUCAAGACAACCAUCUCUCACCAAGUCGCUGGAAAUGGUCAUCCAAGAGAGCUGCAUCUGACACUAGCUCCAAUCACUCAUUCAAUCAAGAACAGGGCUCACCAAGCAAGGCCAGGGCCUCCAGCCCUCAGAGGCUCAAUCCACAGAAAUUAGAGGAAGUGUACAACCAGAUGACCAAGACUCAGUCACAGCCCAAUCUCAACACCAAAGACAGGAGUUCAUCCCGAGCAGGUAGCAGAAGGGAUGAAAUUGAGCUAGGUACCUUGCCAGGUCAAGGAGUUGAUCCAUUCAGGGGUCAUGAAGGAAUAGUGGAUAUGAAAAGUCUGUCCAGCAUUGACAGCUACAUCAGCUGUGCCACAGAAUUCCAAGAAAACACACGAUUCCCUUACAGUCCAGCAGUGGGCUUGUCCCUCCCAGAGAGUUUUUGUUUUUCACACGGUUCUGGAUUAUCAGGACGGGUCAGUGCUAAUCCAAGCCUUCAAACCACCAUGGAACAUGAACUCAUGCUUACUCCACCAUGUUCUGCUGCAAAGCCUCUUGACAUAGAGGGUUCACAUCAUGGUGGAAAUCUUCUGAAAACACGUUCUCUUAGAGUGAAUCAUCAUGGUUAUGGGGAUUCAAGUCCAGCUAGUGGCCUUUUAUCAGACAGCUCUGCUCCCUCAGAUCACUCCCUGAUCAGCCCAGAAGUAUCUAUCUACACAACAGCUAGCAGCAGGACUCCACCGAAGACACCAGAGGGAGUUGCACUCACACCAACUGUUUUCACAUUUCAUGAUGCCUCUAUCAACAGGUACAUUGAUGCUGAUACAGAUGAUGAAGAACAUCUCAGAGAAAGCAGUCCAUCAGACUGUCUGCUUGGAAGUCUGGGUACCAAGUCUCACCUAAAUAUUGGUUACCAGAGGGGCAUCAACCACCUGGAGGCUGCACAGCGACUUUUGGGUCAGAACUGUCGAUUCUCAUUGGGAAGCAAUCCAAAUGGAAGCCAUGAUAAUCAUUUGGCAUUAGAUGCUUUACAUAGGUGUAGAGGGGGCAGGGGACGUUCCAGCACCUUUGAUGAAAGCCUCUGA